AUGCCAACCAAAAAAGCUACAGAAGAACUUACCUUGCCGUGGUGGUCCGAUAAGCUCAACAAGAUGAAAAAAGAAGUCACUACCAUGAAACGAAGGAUCAAAUGUGCUGCCCUGGUCCGUAGACAGAAGGUCGUAGAAGAGUACCUGGAACAAAAAGAGAGGUAUGAGUCAGAAGCUAUUAAAGCCCAGAUCGAGAGCUGGAAAUACUUUUGCUGCAAGCAGGAUAAGGAGGGGGUCUGGGAAGGUAUCUAUAGGGUAAUUGGGAGAACAACGCGCAGGGACGAGGACCAGCCACUGGAAAUCAAUAAGGUAGUGUUAGACGCAAAAGGUUCCGUGAAGUUAUUGGCGGAAACGUUCUUUCCGGAGGACUUAACAGACAGCGAAAACACUUACCAUCGCCACGUAAGAAUAAAAGCUGACAAAGUGAACUCUGCUGAGCAAGAUGACCUGUGUGAUCCCCUGUUCACAAUGUUAGAAUUGAAACAGGCGUAUCGAUCCUUCAACCCGAAAAAGGCCCCAGGAGCGGACGGUUUCACAGCUGAUAUAUGUCUACACGCUAUAGAAAGCAACCCCGAGUUAUUCUUGACCUUCCUUAAUAAAUGUUUAACUCUACAACACUUCCCGAAAACCUGGAAAAUCGCGACAGUCAUAGUGCUUAAAAAACCAGGGAAAGUAGAUUACACCAUGCCGAAAGCGUAUAGGCCCAUUGGACUACUACCUAUACUAGGAAAGAUCUUUGAGAAAAUGCUGGUGAACCGCCUCAAAUUUCACCUUUUGCCAAGGAUAAGUACUCGCCAGUACGGGUUCAUGCCACAGAGAAGCACCGAAGACGCCCUCUAUGUACUAAUGCAGUUCAUUCACAUGAAGCUGAAUCAAAAGAAAAUUAUAGCGCUAGUAUCAUUGGACAUCGAGGGAGCUUUUGAUAGCGCCUGGUGGCCAGCCAUACGAGUCCGACUGGCUGAGGAAAGGUGUCCGCUUAACUUGAGGAGGGUCAUAGAUAGUUAUCUCAAAGACAGGAAAGUCGUAGUCAGGUACGCUGGAGAGGAAUAUGCUAAAGGUACAAGCAGAGGUUGUGUCCAGGGAUCCAUUGGAGGCCCAAUCCUAUGGAAUCUUCUGCUAGACCCUCUCUUGAAAAGUCUCGAAUGCAGGGGAGAUUAUUGUCAGGCGUUCGCGGACGACGUCGUAUUAGUCUUCGACGGCGACACAGCACACGAAGUGGAGCGACGUGCCAAUGCCACUCUAGAACAUGUCUGUGCGUGGGGUGUUGAAAAUAAAUUGAAGUUUGCGCCACACAAGACGAACGCGAUGAUAAUAACAAGAAAACUGAAACACGAUGUACCACGCCUCAACAUGGGAGGUACUGCAAUUGGCAUGUCAAAAGAAAUAAAGCUACUUGGGUUUACAAUUGACGAAAAGCUUACUUUUAACACCCAUGUAUCGAAUGUGUGUAAGAAGGCAAUCGGCAUCUACAAACAACUAUGCAAAGCGGCGAAGGUUAGUUGGGGACUCCAUCCGGAAGUGAUAAGAGUGAUAUAUCUCGCGACCGUAGAGCCUAUUAUACUUUACGCUGCUAGCGUUUGGGCACAGGCUGCAAAAAAGCUGGGGAUAAUAAAACAACUCGCCGUAGUCCAGCGCGGUAUCGCGCAAAAACUAUGCAAAGCCUACCGAACGGUCUCUCUGAAUUCGGCGCUAGUACUGGCUGGAAUACUCCCCCUGGACCUCCGAGUCCGUGAGGCUGCUUUAUUAUAUGAAGCCAAGAGGGGGCUGCCACAGCCAGUGUUGGCGGGAAGAGAGGUCGAGAGAAUGGCUUCAGCUUUUGAGGGCCCACACCCUGCUGAGCGCCUGGAAUUAGGAAUUAUUUGUUUGGUAAACGAGGAGCAGGUGAACAAACACAGCGAAAUAAACGUCCACAUAUUUACUGACGGGAGCAAGAUUGAGGGCAAGGUUGGCGCCGCCCUUUCCGAAUGGAAAAACAAGACCGAAAAUAAAGCCCUCAAACUUGCUCUACCAACAUACUGCACAGUUUACCAAGCCGAGCUCCUGGCCAUUUGCAGGGCGACUGGACAAAUCCUCAAGCACAGAGCGUCCUCCUUUGGAAUUUACAGCGACUCAAUGGCGGCCCUUCAAACGAUCAUAAAUCCAAACUGCCUUCACCCGUUAGCCGUGGAAUGUAGAGAUAAUUUAAGAGCAAUAUCUCUCCAAAGCAAAGUAGUAACUUUGUUUUGGAUUAAAGCCCACGCGGGCUUAGAGGGGAAUGAACGAGCAGACAGACUAGCAAAAGAGGCCGCAAAAAAUUCCAAAGUGAGACCGGAUUACGAUCUUUGCCCGGUUUCAUUCGUCAAGCGAAGCAUCCGUAUGGCAACGCUAGACAAAUGGAACCAAAGAUACCAGACUGGCGAAACAGGAAAGAUCACGAAGCUGUUUUUCCCAGACGCGAAAGUGGCCUACCGAAUAAUAAGAAAAUUUGAAGCAAGCAGCGAGACUACUCAAGUCAUGACAGGGCAUGGUGGAUUUUCUGAAUACUUACACCGCUUUAAGUGUAAAGAGAAUCCAUCGUGCAUUUGCGACCGCGAUGCUGAAGAAACUGUGCCACACAUUUUGCUGGAUUGUCCCGCAUACGCCGCAGAGCGCCUGAAAAUAGAAAACGAAAUUGAAUUAAAAUUAAUUAAGGAGAAUAUAAAUAUCAUAAUGAUGAGUAAAUACAGAGAAAAAUUUAUGAGUUAUUGUUUGAAAAUUGCAAAAAGAGUAAUAAAUAGGAAUAAAACUGUUUAA